GGAGGAGAGGAGAACGGCGGUAGCGGUGGCGGAGGUGGUGGAGGAGCGCCGAGACGGCCGGCGGGGCAUGGAAGGCCUGGCCAUGCUGAGGCAGCUGAUCGGAGAGGUUCAAGAGCUUUGCGAACUCUACGGUUCCUCCAAUUACAUUCCUCAUCAACCUCACACUCAACUUCUCUACCAUCAUCAUCAUCAUCAUCAACACAGCCACAGAUGGUGCUUCCCCAAUUUUGAUGAUGACUCUGCUGAAGAUGAUUACUGCGAUCCUAUAAUGAGGUCUGGAAAAUCUGGAACUUUGAAGACGAUGGAACCCUAUGAGCCUCCACCCACCAAGAAAUCCCGUAAAGAGCGGAACCGGGGAAAGUUACCUGGGACAACUAAUUCAGCAGAGGUAAUGGAACAAGAAAUCUGGAAAGAAUUCCCUGAAGACCUUUUUGAAGCUGUGAUUGCUAGACUUCCCAUUGCCACAUUCUUUCGCUUCCGUUUAGUUUGUCGGAAAUGGAAUUCAUUGCUCAACUCCAAUAGUUUCUCUCAACAUUGUGCCCAAGUCCCACAAGGCCAUCCUUGGUUUUACACCAUCACUCAUGAAAAUGUUGAUCCUGGAGCCAUGUACGAUCCUUCCUUAAAGAAAUGGCACCACCCCACAAUCCCUUCUCUGCGUGCAAAGACUGUCUUGCCAGUGGCUUCUGCAGGAGGCCUAGUCUGUUUCCUUGAUAUCAACCAUAGGAACUUCUUUGUAUGCAACCCUCUGACUCAGUCUUUCAAAGAGUUGCCAGCAAGAUCGGUUAGGGUCUGGUCCCGAGUAGCUGUGGGAAUGACACUGAACGGGAAUUCAACCACUGCAGGGUAUAAGAUCCUGUGGGUGGGCUGUGAUGGUGAGUAUGAAGUUUAUGACUCAGUGAAGAACUCAUGGGCCCGUCCAGGAAGCAUGCCCUUACAUGUCAAGCUACCGCUGUCGCUAAACUUCCUGUCACAGGCCGUGUCCAUUGAUGGCACAAUUUACUUAAUGCGUUCAGACCCAGAUGGAAUUGUGUCAUAUGAUAUGGUUACUGGGGCCUGGAAGCAGUUCAUAAUCCCUGCCCCGCUGCAUCUGACUGACCACACACUUGCCGAGUGUGGAGGCCGUAUCAUGCUCGUGGGGUUGCUGACAAAGAAUGCCGCCACAUGCGUAUGCAUAUGGGAGCUACAGAAGAUGAUGCUCUUGUGGAAGGAGGUUGACAGAAUGCCAAACAUAUGGUGCUUGGAGUUUUACGGAAAGCACGUUCGGAUGACUUGCUUGGGCAACAAAGGAUUGCUCAUGCUGUCUCUAAGAUCACGACAAAUGAACCGGUUGGUUACUUACAAUGUGUUGAGCAGGGAAUGGCUGAAGGUUCCUGGAUGUGUGGUGCCCCGUGGUGGAAAGAAGCGGCAGUGGAUCGCCUGCGGCACGGCAUUUCACCCAUGCCUAACUGCUUCAGCCUAAAUUCUAGCUGCCCUUUGUGUUUCCGGCAGCAUCAGCCCAGCAAAGGACAGGGUCUUUUUUUUUUUUUUUUUUCCCAUUUGGUACUCUGGUUUUUAUCCUUUGUGGGCUGCAAUCUUUUCACCACUAAUCUCUAUUGAGUCAAUUUUCUAUGGUGAAAAUGAUGAAGGAAUUAGAUGGCUCUGUGGAAAUUAUUAUUAUUAUUGUCUUCUUUGCCUUUAAUGUACAAACAUAUGUACUUCCAUCUUUUGAUUUCAGAAGUCAGUUUUAGAUCUGUUUCCUUUUCA